GUGAUUCUUGUGAAUCUCUUGAAUACCAUCGCCAUCGUCGACGACCACACGAGCAACACAAUCCCGCGAACGUACGGAAUCGCAUCAGUCUUUUUGGGAGAUGUCUUGCAGCGAUGGCGCGCGCCCGACCCGUAAGUUCGGCACAAAGUCGCCGAAGAAGUUAUGCGUGACCAAGAACGAGAACAGCGACAAAACGACGACGACCAUCAGCUGCGCCAGCCACCGUCACAAUCAUCAUUAUCAUCACGGCCAUCAUCGCUUCCUCGCAGACGGCUCCACCUCGCAGCCCUCGAUACACAAGCGCAAUCUCUACAUUGUCUCCUUUCCACUGAUACUGCUGUUCAAUGUGCUGCGCACUCUGCUCUAUCAGUUAUUUGUGGUGUUCAAAUACCUGUACACCUCUACGUCUCAGCUGAUCCAGCGCAGACAGGCGUCCAAACAGGUCUGUCAAUUGGAGAGUGUCGUGGGACAAAAGCCAACGGAUGGUCGUUUGAUCAAUGGUAAUCGGAUAGAAAGCGAGGUCAUGUCGCAAGUGCCUAGACGUCCUAUUGGCCCAGGGCCCGGGGAUCCAUUGCUAGCUAAGCAAAAGCACCAUCAUCGCAGAGCAUUUGAAUUCAUUAGCAAAGCACUCAAGAUCGAUGAGGAUAACGAAGGACAAAAGGAAAUGGCGAUAGAAUUGUACAAAAAGGGAAUCGGAGAAUUGGAGAAAGGAAUAGCCGUAGAAUGCACUGGUGGACACGGUGAAGUAUGGGAACACGCGCAAAGACUUCACGACAAGAUGUGUACGAAUCUAGCAAUGGCGAAAGACAGACUUGAUUUCCUCGUGAGUGUGCGUGAGCUGAGAAAGCUGGGUAUCAACAAUAAUAUCAACAAUCGCGCACCUGGAAAUAAAAUGGACGGCGAACAUCCGGGAAAGCAUCUGAGGGCUCGCCGCAACACGCACACUUAUCAAAACGCUCGAACUUCACCCAACAUUAAUCACAAUAAGAACACAAACAAUAUACACGCGACAAUUAACGCCGGACAGACUAUGUGUACCCAGAUUCCCAAGUUAAGGCCACGUUCACCAAAAAACUGUUUCGCUCAUACUAUCGAAGCAUCUGGUAGGAAACUAUCGGUCCCUGGUAAACGAAUAACAGGAACACCCCUAAGUAAAAGCCAGACAUUGCCUCGAAGCAUGGGUAGAUCAAUGCCUAUUCAACCUUGCCACAGAACCAUGCCUAUCAAACCGUCCUCCACACCACCCUCUGUAAAAAGACAAUUAUCUGUACCUGGAAACGGUUCACCUAUAAGACGUCCAGGAACACCGACCACUUCGAGCAGUAACAGGAGUACGCCAACAAGAAAAGUACCAAUUUUAAAAGGCGUAGAUCCAAAACUCGCGCAAGUGAUUCUCGACGAGAUCUUGGAAGGAGGAGCACCAGUGCAAUGGGAAGACAUCGCUGGCCAAGAGACUGCGAAACAGGCUUUACAAGAGAUGGUAAUCUUACCAUCGCUAAGACCUGAGCUAUUUACUGGUCUGCGAACACCUGCGAGAGGAUUAUUAUUGUUCGGGCCACCGGGAAACGGAAAGACAUUGUUGGCGCGCGCCGUUGCGACUCAAUGCAACGCAACAUUUUUUUCGAUUUCUGCAGCCAGUCUCACGUCGAAAUACGUUGGAGAAGGUGAAAAAUUAGUGAGGGCUCUAUUUGCUAUUGCUCGGGAGUUUCAGCCCUCUGUUAUUUUCAUCGACGAAGUGGAUUCAUUAUUAAGCGAGCGUAAAGAUAACGAACACGAAGCUUCGAGGAGGCUAAAAACAGAAUUCUUAGUCGAAUUCGAUGGUUUGCCGUGCAAUCCAGAAGAAAGAGUGCUCGUUAUGGCUGCUACAAAUAGACCGCAGGAAUUAGAUGAGGCUGCAUUAAGGCGAUUCACAAAACGCGUAUAUGUUACAUUACCUGACUUGCAAACAAGAAUUGUGUUACUUCGAAGACUUUUGGCCAAACACAAUGAUCCAUUGAUGUUCGAAGAGUUGAAUGAGAUGGCAGUUUUGACGGAAGGAUACUCGGGAAGCGAUUUGACUGGACUAGCCAAAGAUGCAGCACUUGGGCCUAUUAGAGAAUUGAAUCCAGAUCAGGUGAAAGAAUUGGAUCUUAACUCCGUUCGUAACAUCACAAUGCAAGAUUUCCGUGAUUCUCUAAAGAGAAUUCGUAGAUCCGUUUCACCGGCAAGUCUAGCUGCUUAUGAGAAAUGGAACUUUGAAUAUGGAGAUGUGAGUCUUUGAUUUGAAAUAAGCCGCUUGAGCAAGAAGCUUCAAAAAAAUUUACGU